GUUCAUGUCUGUCUGACAGGUUUCGUAUGACCUUGACCCCAUUUUCAUGGUUCAUUAGUCAAUGUUAAUUUUUCAUGGUUUUGUCAGUUUAUCAGAUACUAUUAGCAAUAGGUAAAUCAAAUUUGGUGUAUGGAAUGACUGUAAGGUGUACAUGACUGUCUGGCAGAGUUCAUAUGACCUUGACCUCAUUUUCAUGGUUCAUUGGUCAAUGUUAAGUUUUUGUGGUUUGGUUUGUUUCUCGGGUACUUUAAGCAAUAGGACCACUAUAUUUGAUGUGUGGAAUGAUUGUAAGGUGGACAUGUCUGUCUGGCAUGUUCAUCUGACCUUGACUUCAUUUUCAUGGACCACUGUCAUUCAUUGAUAAUGUUAAGUUUAUGUGAUACAUGUAAUAAAACCUUCAUAUUACAGACUUUUAACAUAAAUUCAAUUAUAAGUAAAGCAGGCGAGACAUCUUAGCGGGGUGCUCUCUUGUUUUCAUGUGCUAUUCAAUUCAAAGUUUUGUCAUAUCAUUCCGCAUGAUAUUUAUGGGUGAUUUUUUUACACUCAGUCUGAACGUGAAAAGUGCAAUAGUUGUAACAGAUCUAUACGUAAUAUACUUAUCUACUGCAUGUGAAAAAAACCAUCUGGAAAUAUUAGUCAUUUUGGAUAAGAUUGAUAUAAGUCUAGCUGAUAGUGAUUUACUUUUAUUCCUGCAUUUAAAAAUUUGCGAUGCUACGUUUUGUUUGUAUACUGGGUCUAUUUUCUGCCAUUUUUGCAGCAGCAGUUCCAAAACCAUGUUGCUCAAAACGUCAAAUGACAGCUGACCUUCAUCAAAUCACUGGAUCUUACACCAAUGGUACUCCUUCUACCGUAGAGACUUUAAUGAAAAUACAGUAUGAUUACGAUACCUUGAUGAUAAAAUUGGAGCUAGCUGAUGGCACAACUAUCAUACAGGAUUUUAAUCAAACAAAACAGUAUACAACAUCUGGAAAAUCAUGUCGUACAGAUGACAUACAAGGAGGCAUACAACUACAACCACCAUGUGUACCAAGCAAUGCUAUAUACAGAGGAAGAAAUACUAUCGGUGACGAUGUCACCUAUGAUGUUGACACGUGGUUUGUUGCGGGCACCGCAUGGGGAAACAUAACAGUUUCUGUGAUGGCCCACGACUGCACACCAGUGAUGCAAGGAACCAGCUCAAAUUCAAACAAUGUUGUGUCACAGACAACAAUAUUUUACCAUAACGUACAAUUUACAACUCUAGCGGCCACUGCAUUCCAGGUGCCACAGCCAUGUCCUCAGAUAUAGACAUUACAAGACGGGCUAUAUUGAUUUAGAUAAAUAAAACAAUGUG